CCCUGGAGGAUAGUGGAUGACUGCGGAGGCGCUUUCACGAUGGGAGCGAUAGGAGGUGGCAUUUUCCAAGCUGUCAAGGGAUUCAGAAAUUCCCCGGUGGGUGUGAACCACCGGCUGCGGGGAAGUUUGACAGCUAUUCGAACCAGAGCUCCACAGCUGGGAGGUAGCUUUGCUGUCUGGGGAGGUCUGUUCUCCAUGAUUGACUGCAGCAUGGUCAGAAUGAGAGGGAAGGAAGAUCCCUGGAAUUCAAUCACGAGCGGAGCCCUGACCGGAGCCAUAUUAGCUGCAAGAAAUGGCCCCGUUGCCAUGGUGGGAUCUGCUGCCAUGGGAGGAAUUCUCCUGGCUUUAAUUGAAGGAGCUGGUAUUCUCCUGACAAGAUUUGCCUCCACGCAGUUCCCGAACGGCCCUCAGCUUUCAGAAGACCCCUCCCAGUUGCAGCCAUCUCCGUUCAGCGACUACAGACAAUACCAGUGAUCGUCCUCGCUCUCCUCGUUCCCGUUCUACCCGAGCAGUAAUUUAAAAUGCUGGAGGACCGAGGUGCGGUGUGUCUUUACACCAGAGGUAGUCUCUUACCCAAACCAUGCCCAGAGGACCUUCAGCACUUUACACGGAAAAGCUGCGCAGGAGAACUUUCAGAAGACGACAAAUCUAUUUAUUCCUGAUAGAUUCCAUUGCUGUAAUGUUCAUACAUGUCUGAUAGAAUACACGGAGAUUUAAGA